AUGGAGCUGGCUCAUAGUUUGUUACUGAAUGAGGAAGCAUUAGCUCAAAUCACAGAAGCAAAGAGACCUGUCUUUAUCUUUGAGUGGUUAAGAUUUUUGGAUAAAGUCCUGGUAGCUGCUAACAAGACAGAUGUCAAGGAAAAACAGAAGAAACUUGUAGAACAGCUGACAGGACUCAUCAGCAGUUCCCCUGGGCCACCUACACGAAAACUACUGGCAAAAAAUCUUGCUGCUCUCUACAGCACUGGAGACACGUUUACUGUUUUUCAGACGCUUGACAAAUGUAACGACAUCAUCAAGAGCAAAGAUGAUACUGCAGCCUACCUGCCCACGAAACUGGCUGCUGUGGCAUGUAUUGGAGCAUUUUAUGAAAAAAUGGGCCGAAUGCUGGGUAGUUCUUUUCCGGAAACAGUGAAUAAUCUUUUAAAGUCUCUGAAAAGUGCAGAGUCUCAGGGCCGCAGUGAAAUUCUGAUGAGUUUACAGAAAGUCCUGAAUGGACUUGGAGGAGCAGCAGCUUCCUGUCACCGUGAUAUUUAUAAGAAUGCCCGAUCUCUGUUGACGGACAGAUCUAUGGCUGUACGAUGUGCAGUGGCUAAGUGUCUGCUGGAGUUACAGAAUGAAGCGGUGUUUAUGUGGACAGCUGAACUAGAGAAUGUUGCAACGUUGUGCUUUAAAGCUCUGGAAAACUCCAACUAUGGCGUGCGAGUUGCAGUGUCAAAGCUUUUGGGAACGGUCAUGGCUACAGCACUGAUACCAAAGCAAGCAACAGUGAUGCGACAGAAUGUGAAGAGAGCCACGCUUGAGGAGGUCUUGGAGCUCAUGGCCACUGGAUUUCUGCGAGGAGGAUCUGGUUUCCUAAAGAGUGGUGGAGAGAUGUUAAAAGUAGGAGGAUCUGUCAAUAGGGAAGUGCGAGUUGGUGUUACGCAGGCCUAUGUUGUCUUCGUUACAACAUUAGGAGGUCAGUGGCUGGAGCGCAACUUUGCUACGUUUUUGUCGCACGUACUUGAUCUGGUCUCCCAUCCGCGUGCAACUCAGACCCACGUGGAGGCAGUUUACUCUCGAAGAUGCGUGUCCUUCAUCCUGCGAGCAACUGUGGGCAGCUUACUUGGAGAGAAAGCACAGAUUGCAGCUGCCAAAGACAUAUGUCAAGCCAUUGGUAAACAAAUGAAGGCAGUGGAAACUGUAGUGAAUGAUGCGAACAGUGAAAAUAAGUCGGGAGCUGCUGAUGUAGCUGCAAGCCAGCAUGUAAUGGUGUGUGCCCUCCAGGAACUGGGUAGUCUCGUUCAGAGUCUGAAUGCCACUGCAUCUCCUCUUAUUCAAGAACCCUCGAUUGGUCUCUUGGAGACAGUAACUUCAGUUCUUCUUCAUCCCAGCAUGGCUGCUCGGCUUGCUGCAGCAUGGUGCUUGCGGUGUGUGGCUGUGGCAUUGCCUUUUCAGUUGACUCCAUUUUUAGAUAGAUGUGCAGAAAGACUCAACAAUCUGAAGACCUCCCCUGAAGCUGUUAGUGGCUACAGUUUUGCGAUGGCUGCUUUGUUAGGUGGUGUGCAUCAGUGUCCCUUGGGUAUUCCUCAUGCCAAAGGAAAGAUGGUGGUCAGUAUUGCUGAGGAUCUGUUACGAACUGCUGCACAAAACAGCAGGCUCUCCUUGCAGCGGACUCAAGCUGGAUGGCUUUUACUUGGAGCACUUAUGACUUUAGGUCCUUCUGUUGUGCGGUAUCAUCUGCCUAAGAUGUUGCUGCUAUGGCGAAACGUGUUUCCACGUUCUCUGAAGGAGCUGGAAGCAGAGAAGGCGAGAGGAGAUUCUUUUACCUGGCAAGUAACGCUGGAAGGCCGGGCUGGAGCUCUGUGCGCUAUGAGAAGUUUUGUUGCUCACUGUCCUGAGCUCCUUACUGAGGAUGUGAUCAGGAAAUUGAUGACGCCCAUAGAAUGUGCCAUGACGAUGAUGUCGCACAUUCCAUCAGUGAUUAAAGCCCAUGGAGCUCACCUCAAAGCUAGUGCAGCUAUGGUCCGUUUAAGACUUUAUGAUAUAUUGGCUUUAUUACCUCCAAAGACAUAUGAAG